CUUCAAAUCAUUCACCUUCCUCGCUUGUUUUACGAGCUUGUUCUAAAUCCUAAGCAAAACUUGCAGGGAUCAGAGAUGGAGAAGAGAAGUAAUAACCAUGCUUCUCUUUUAGUCUGUUCACUGCUCGCUUGCUUGAUCUCUCAGAACCUUAUUAUCCCUGUCAUAUCCACCGCCAUUGAAGACCAGAAAAACUACUACUCUCCUGACCCUCAUGCAGGAGCAAGUCCACCCUCAGGUCUCUCUAGUUCUCUGUGCUCACACAGGAGGCCUCCGUCUCAUGGCUCUGGAGGUGGCUAUGGAGGCUCACCACCUUCUCAAGGAACUCCAUCACACGGAGGAGGUGGAAGUUAUAACCCAAGUCCUUCACCACCCUCUGGUGGAAACUGCGGCGGUGGAUCACCACCAUACGACCCUUCUCCGACGACCCCAACAACACCGUCGACACCAUCAACCCCGUCGACACCAUCAAACCCACCAUCAGGAGGAGGCGGUUACUAUAGCUCACCACCACCAGCACCAACUUACGACGGAAACAGCCCCCCAACACCGUCUUACGGCGGAGAUAGCCCCCCAACACCGUCUUACGGCGGAGACAGCCCCCCAACGCCGUCUUACGGUGGAAACAGCCCUCCAACACCUAUCACUUUGAGCCCACCGACUACUCCAAUUGAUCCAGGCACACCACCAACCAUCCCUUCACCACCUUACCUUCCUUCGCCCUCUCCAUUAACUGGUACCUGCAACUACUGGAGGAACAAUCCAGGAAUUAUAUGGGGAUUGCUUGGGUGGUGGGGUACGUUAGGAAGUGCUUUUGGAGUUUCGAGCGUUCCAGGGUUUGGAUCCAAUCUGAGUUUGCCACAAUCACUUUCCAACACGAGGAGUGAUGGCUAUGGAGCUCUUUACAGAGAAGGAACAGCUUCGUUUCUCAACUCUUUGGUGAACAACAAGUUCCCUUACUCAACCCAACAAGUCAGGGACAGAUUUGCAGCUUCUCUUAGCUCCAACAAGGCUGCUGCGGCACAAGCUCAUCUCUUCAGAAUGGCCAACGAAGGACGCAUGAAGCCACGUGUCUGAUGGAGAUCAUGGCGUGUGAUGAUGUGUCAGUAUAUUCAGUUAUGUCAUUAAUUACUCAUCCUAGUCUUAAUGAUCAGCUAGUGCGUGUGCUAUAUUUAUGUUUUUAUUAUGAUGUGUCACUUUGUAUUAAUUAAGACGGAGAUAUCAUGUUGUUACUUUACUAUUUAAUGUUGGCUUACCAUUUAUUAUUAAUAUUACCUUCACGCAUGGUUCCUUGGUUU